GCAUCCCUUACGACCAGGGUUUGAUGAAUGAGUAGCAAAGCUAACAGCUAUCACACCCGCAUAUUUAAUUACGGACAGGGUUGGCUUGUUUAAGGGGAAUACGCCCUUAAUGUCAAUACCUUUCUAACUAAAGCGAGGUGGUUGUCCCAAUACCCCCGUCGACAAUGACGAACUACAAGGCUUUUCAUACUCAAUUGUCGUCCAUCAUGGAGGCAUUGACCAAAGCGGCAAUGGCAGAGAUUUGUGAGCUCGUAGAUGAUAGUUACGCGAUUUUGCAAUUGGAAAUAUCCCGGAGUCACAAAGAGAACGAAGCUUUGAGAAGGAAACUUGAGUUGAUCGAGACAGUUAUCGUUCGUGGCCACAACAAAAACAUAGCUUCUUUGGGCAACCUGCAAGAAAUAGGUGCAUUGAUGUGCGAUGAACGUGCCUUUUUAUCAGGAUCGGGUGGAAAGCAGCCGAUUGGUAGUUUAAGAAGAGUUGGCAAGACAACGACUUUGAGAGAAUCAGCAGAAGAGCAGGUUUCUGAAAAGUCUGGAACCAAUCAGGUAAUUUUCCAGUCACCAGAGGAAGAGACGGGCUCUGACAUAGUUCUGAUAAAGGAGGAAAAGCAGGCAGACCACUUGAGUAGUAAUGAUUCCGAGGACCAACUUUUAAUCAACGAGGAGGGCAUGGAGGUGUUUGGAGAGGAUGACUGUCAGGAGGGACCUUCCAGGCUGAUAGCUUCUGUCGCCAUGCCAACAAAGCUGACCCACUGGGACCAGAGUGCAGAGGAGCCCAGCCCCCCUCACUCUGAACAAGAGGACUCCCAGCAUUCCUCCACGUCCAGGUAUGGGCCUGGGACUGCAAGACAGAAGACCCUGAGCGUUCGUUACAAACCCAAAGAGACUCAGAGUGAACCGGGCUCCUCCAGUCCAACAGGGGGCGAUGAAAGCGAGACCGCGGAGCAGGUUUUCGAUUUAGUUUCCGAGUCGGACUCCGAGGUCACCGCUGGGCAGUCUGCAAGGAAGCUCUUCGAGUCGAGCGGUAGUCCCAGCUCUCUCGCGGGGGGUUUUGAGCCGAAAAGAGGCGUUUCCAUGCUCAGCUCUCUGCCGUAUGACGUGGAGUUGGAGAUGUGCUCUUCCUGGAGUAACCAGGGCUUGCCAGGGAUGGUAUCCAUGCAGCAUGCACAAUAUAAACCCGACCAAAGAGGACUACAUCCGGACAAAGUCUCUGACCUGACAUCCACCAACUAUCAAAUGAACCUGGGCCUUGGUUCUUCCUCCAAGGUCGAUCAGUUGGACAUGAGCAAGUACAGCAGGGACAAGCGGUUUAUUUGCAACUUUUGCGGGAAGUGUUUUACCUCAUCGCGAAGCCUGGAGACGCAUGUGCGCGUUCACACGGGAGAGAGACCGUACAGCUGUGCCCAGUGUGGGAAGAGGUUCACCCAGUCUGGACACCUCAAAACGCACCAGAGCGUACACACUGGGGAACGGCCUUUUGCCUGUGAGCACUGCGGGAAAAGAUUUGCAGGCAAACAAAACUUGAGGAUACACCAACAGAAACACCACACCAACGCGUAGGGUUGUAAACUAGCUCAUCGAGUAAGCUGCUGAAAGGAUCAUCGUAGUUGUUGAUCAUUUAAGCGGUGAACUGUAGUACUGAUACCAUGUUACUGUAUCUAAUUUUGAUAGAUUUGUGUGCAUUGGCCUUCCGUUGUUUAACUUGUCCAUCACUGGCAAAGAGGCCUGUCAGAACACGUCUGUAACAUGAAAGAACGGAUGGUUAAAUUAUCAAAUCACAAUAACCUUUUGUUAUGCCUUAUCCUUUUAAAUCUAUUAUAUUACCUUGUUAGGUGGUUGAAUUACUUACUAAUACAAUGUUUAGUGUAAACUGACAUAAAACAACUGUUACCUCUAAUGUGGGCCAUGUAUGGACCUCUAUUACUAUUGAUUGGUUCUUGCGAUUUAGAAAGACUAAAUGCUCUCUGUAUUGAGUUGUACAUCUCUUAAAUGGCAUGUAACUGUUAAUUAUUUGGUGUAUAGGUCAGAAAUAGCUAACAUUAAACUGUGUGCAACUGGUCUG